AUGGGUGCCACCAUGCUGCAGACCGCCGGCUUUGCCCUCGGCCUGUUGGGCGUAGUCGCGGUCAUCGCCGCCACGGGCAUGAACAACUGGAGCAGCCAGGACAGGGAGGGGGACGUGGUGACCUCCGUCUACAUCUACAAGGGCCUGUGGCAGACCUGCGAGGUGGCCACCUCGGGGUUCACCGAAUGCAGACCGUUCUACACCAUCAUCGGCCUGCCAGGAAGCUUCCAGGCAGUGAGAGCCCUGAUGAUCGUCGGCAUCGUUAUGGGGGCGAUCGCCGUCCUCAUAUCCAUUUGCUCUCUGAAGUGCAUUAAAAUGGGGAGCACAGAGGAUGGGACCAAAGCCAACAUGACCCUGGCGUGUGGGAUCAUGUUCAUCAUUGCAGGCCUCUGCGCUAUUGCCGGAGCUUCUGUCUACGCGAAUCAGAUCGUGUCCAGCUUCAUGAUGACCACUUACAACAGUGGAUACGGUGGUGGCAUGGGUGGAGGCAUGGGUGGCGGCAUGGGUGGUAUUGGAGGGACACUAACGCCCAGGUACACGUUUGGCCCCGCCCUAUUUGUAGGCUGGGUAGGAGGGGCAGUGCUGUUCAUUGGUGGGAUUUUAGGGUGCCUAGCCUACAGAGGGCUGGUGCCAGAUAAGUCACGCUUCAAUGCCGUGGCUUACAAAGCUCCCGCCCAAGAGAGGCCAGUCUAUGAGCACAGUGAGGGAGGCCGACACGACAACCAGAAAUACGUUUAA